AAAAACAUUGAAAGACAUCAUAAAACCGUUUGUAUCGCGUGUAUCUAUCGACAGUUCAAAUUAUCAACUGGAUUGCAACCGGCAUGCACUUUGACCGCCGACACGAGGUGUUUGUGUUUGUGUUUGCUUGUCACACAGAGUCAAGAGCGCUUAUCGUGCGAUGGCCCACUGACAGUCUCAGCGGGGCUAUUGUAGUUUUCACGUGACGCGCCUUCCUAUACCCCAUCUCUGAUAGCCGACCAUUCGUCAAACGAGUGCCUACUUUCGCAGUCGCGACCACGCCUAAUGAUCACCACUUUAUGAAUUAAAAAUAAAAUUAAAAAAAAAAAAAGUAAAACAUAAAGUGUCAGUGUUUCUAAACGAACGAUUUCGUAAUUGGAAUGACGUCGGUGUCGCGCGGGAAAACUCAUGUAUUAUCUGUGCAUGUGAAGUGUCAAGUGAUAUGCGCAGACUGCGUACGCGUAUUUUGAGAAUGAUAAAAAGGAAGGUAGCGGCGGCGCGGCUGAGUGACAGGCGCGCUCGCACCAUGCUCGCCAGCAUCAAAGGAUUCUGGAAGGUGUGCCGGUAUGGAGACCUCUACAUGGUGCUGGCGGCCCUCGCCGCGCAGUCUAUCAACAUCUCGGUGGGAUUCUGCCAAGGCUUCUCCGCAGUUCUGUUGCCCCAGUACACGCACGAAUAUCCGGCCAUCUCGCAUGAUCAGAGUUCAUGGAUUGCCAGUCUCGGCGUGAUAUCCAACCCCAUCGGCGCUCUGCUGGGCGGCAUGAUGGUGGACGCGGUGGGGCGUCGCCUGCUGCUGCAGUCGAUAGUGCUGCCCAACCUCGUCGGCUGGCUGGUCAUCGCCUUCUCCGAGACCUACGUGUUCCUCUGCGUCGGCAGGUUCAUCACUGGAUUUACUAUUGGUAUGUCAACGGUGUCAUACAUAUACGUCGCCGAGAUAACGACGCCAGAAAAACGUGGAGUUCUAAGCGCCCUGGGUCCAGGGCUGGUCUCCACGGGAAUAUUCAUCGUGUAUUCACUCGGAGCGUUCGUGCAUUGGCGCAAAGUGGCCGCCAUUUGCGCGGGCGUGUCUCUCCUCACACCCUUCUUGAUGUACUUCGUGCCGGAGUCUCCUCUGUGGCUCGCGUCCAAAGGUCAAAUGAAGGAAGCGUACAACUCCAUGUUUUGGCUGAGACAGAACAACAACACCGCGCAACAAGAGUUGAUGGAGUUCACGAAAGAUCGAAAAACCGACGAAUCUAUGACGUUCAGACAAAAAAUGGGACUGUUCAAACGGAGGAACGUCUUGAAGCCGUUCGCAUUGCUGAUAGUCUUCUUCAUGUUCCAAGAGAUGUCAGGGAUAUACAUAAUACUGUACUACGCUGUUGACUUCUUCAAAUCGGUGGGAACGAGUGUCAAUGAGUUUACAGCUUCUAUAAUAGUUGGCGGGGUGAGAGUCUUCAUGGGUGCGGUGGGAGCUUGUCUCAUAAACAGUUUUAGACGAAAGACUUUGGCUGCAACUUCAGGUUUGCUGUUAGGAUUUGCAAUGUUAGGUGCUGCAGUAUGUGACAGUGUAAACGGUCCCCCGUUAAUGAAAUUAGCAUGCGUUUUACUCCACGUUUCCUUCAGUAUGGUUGGGUUCUUACAGUUGCCUUGGAUUAUGUCUGGGGAGCUAUACCCUCAAGAUAUUAGAGGCGUCAUGUCUGGCGCGACAUCUUGUUGCGCUUACGUUCUAAUAUUCUUCAACAUAAAAACAUACCCUCAAUUGGAGAACUUACUUACGAGCAACGGAACUCUAUACCUUUUUGCUAUCUGCGCGAUCAUAGGAGCGGCGUAUUGUUAUUUGUUUCUACCGGAGACUAAAGGGAAGACUCUGAAUGAGAUUAUGAGACAGUUCGACGAGGAAAAGAAAGAUGGCGACCCUGAAGUGGGUUACAUUAAAAACAUUAUCGAAGGGAAACCGGUGCAAAGGAGGCACAGUGCGGGAGCUUCGAUAUCUUUGGAAAAAAGUAAGGAGUGUGACAAAGACUGGAUGCAAAAUACUUCCGAGAAAUAUAGUAAUAAGCUUAAGGAGUAGAAAAUAUAACUGACUGACUGAUUGACUGAGCUUUGAUCGUGAGUUUUCAAAUUAACAAACGCGAUUUUUAUGUUAUGAUGAUAAUCUAGCAAACUUUAAAACAUGAAGACAAUUAUGCCGUCCUUAAGUCAUCAUACAGUGUAGCAAUUAAAUAAUGAAUUUUCAUAAAAGAGAACUUCAAGGCAAGUGGUCUUCACAAAUCAUCUGCAUCAUCAUUUAACAUUAAGUGUGUUAUUAGUAAAACAAACUCCGUGUUUUAUACACGGAGUACAUACAGAAAAUGAUGAAUUUUAACCAUGGACUGUUAUAUUCAUCCGAAUCACUUGCAGGUCUUUUUGCUCAACUUAUAAAGACGCUGCGACACUUGUAACACGCCACGUGAGCGUUAACCACGUUGUGUUACACGUAUGCUUCGGUCUUAAUUUUUUAUUAUAUUAAGAAGGUUCGAAUUUAGAUACUGACGUUUGUUUCCUAUUAGUAACGUUUAAUAAUUUCUUCACAUUAGCGUUUCUUCAUCGCUGUAUUAGCGUAGAAGCUUAUUUAUGUGUGUACACGACGACCACGUAUAUGUGUUUGUGCGCAUUGUCUAUGUGUUUGUACUACACUGGUGUGAAGGGGCUUUAAUCGUGUUUUUUUUAAAUUAAGUCUUAGAAUUAAGUAUUUUUUUAAUUUAUGCAGUUAUUUAAUGUGAUCAGUAUUAUAGGUAUUGAGUGACUACCGAGUUAGAGCCUCUGCAGACAACAGACUUUUUAUAGCUGAUAGGUUAAAUUGGUCUGCUAACGAGUACGCUUGUUAAAUUUUUAGGAACCUGCCAAGAAACUUCUAACUUAGUAAAAUACAAAAACAUUGUUAUUAUUGUUAAUUUUUAAAAAAUAAUUAAUAAUUACAAAAAUGGAAUACUGUGCCAAUUACGUAUAAUGUAUGUAAUCAUGCAUCUCUAUAUUAACUUCGACUGUAAUGUGGACUAACACAAGUCUGAGGUGUGCAGGGGCUCUUAUGAUUAAGUGAGUGAUACAUUCCAUUGUGAUAGUUGUAGCGUGUAUACGAGAUUAGUCAUAAGUCAUCAUCAUCACUAGUGAUUAGUGUUCCACUGGGCACACGCCUCCUCUCGCAUAAUAUAGAGCUUAAUUCCACCACGCAGCUCCAGCGAAUAAGCAUUUGUACAUUACCAUUGCAUUAAACACUAUUUCACCUUUCGUCUUAAUUUCAAAUGUAAUAUUUUAUUAACCAUUUUGUUUCUAGCACAAAAGUAAAAACUACAUAAUAUGUAGUAUUUAGUAUUAAUAGUUUUUACUUUUCUAACUAGACAAUAUUAUACAUUUUAUACUCAGCCUUCAAUAUGUUAAUUAUUAUUGAUGUAAAAAAUUGAUGUGAAGUUAUAAAAUUCUGAUUUACACAUAUUAAUUAAUAGUAUGUAAGUAAAUAAU